AUGACCACAGUCUCCGUUCGCCUUCGAUUGACCACCACAGGGGUUAGAGUGACCCGUCCCGCGCCCGAGUCUGCGGGUGCGGGCAUCCUGCCGCCUGCCAAAUCUGGUGAUGUUGAUGCCCAAGCCGGGACAGAGAAGCCCAGCGGCAACGAGCACUGGUCUAAGGAGAACGGUGUCCGGCUGCCGAAACAGGCGGAAAGAUUCGUCCACGGUCAGUCGCGAAUGGACUGGCAGGACAAGGACCUGCUAGUCAUUGAUGAGGUGAGCAUGCUCGGAGCGCGGACACUGCACGCGAUGAACGAGCAGGUCUGCCGGCUCCGCGGGUCACAGGGAGCAGAGGGAAGACAUGACGCCCUUUGCCUUGAGGAACGAAAGCUUCUUUGCCUUGAUGAACUUGUUCCGAAAGGUUCUUCCUUCCGUGCCCUCCUGGCGGUCCAAAAAUGCCUUUCGGAACGAAAGGUUCUUUCUUCCGCGCCGUCCUUCGCACGAUCUCUGUGGAAUGUUCCACCUUCUUCCACACCUUUGCCACCGACUUGGUCGCCUCACACUUGUGAUCUCCAACACUGA